AUGGCGACAAAGAAUGCACCCAAGGCCAAAAAGGCCCCAAAAGUCAAGCAGAUGGAACUGCCCAAUGCCGCCGCAGGCGUGGUUACACGUUUUCCUCCAGAGCCCUCUGGAUACCUUCACAUAGGGCACUCGAAAGCUGCUCUCCUUAACGACUACUUUGCACACACUCAAUACCCCGGUGGCAAGAUGAUUUUGCGGUUCGAUGACACAAACAUUGAGAAAGAGAAUACCGAGUACCAAGACGCAAUCCGCGAGGACGUCGCCCUCUUGGGGAUUCAACCGGACAUGAUCUCUUACACGAGCGACUACUUUGACCAGAUCGAUGAAUAUUGUGUCAAGAUUAUAAAAGCCGGAAAGGCCUACGCAGACGACACCCCUGCCGACGUAAUGAGCGCGCAGAGACUGGCACGUGAGCCUAGCGUUCACAGAGACGACAGCGUUGAGGAUAACCUGGCAAGAUACGAGGAGAUGAAGAAAGGCACUGAAGAGGGAAAACGAUGGUGUAUCCGAGCAAAGAUCUCCUAUGCCAACGACAAUGCCGCACUGAGAGAUCCGGUGAUCUUUCGAUGUCCCAAAAACCACACCCAUCACCAUCGGACAGGUGACAAAUACAACGCUUACCCUACCUAUCAAUUUGCUUGUCCGAUCGUGGAUUCUAUCGAGGGUGUCACUCAUGCUCUGAGAACUACCGAGUACAAUGAUCAAGAUGCGCAAUACAAGUGGAUUCUCAAGGCCAUCGAUUUGCGAUGCCCUUAUAUCUGGACUUUCUCCAAGAUUCAGUUCGUGCGCACGCUGAUGUCGAAGCGGAAACUGACAAAGCUGGUCAAUGCCGGUGUUGUGUCGGGUUGGGAUGAUCCCCGUUUCCCCACCGUGAGAGGUAUCCGACGGCGGGGCAUGACAGUGGAAGGUUUGAGGGAUUUCAUGGUCAGCCAGGGACCAAGCAAGAAUGUGGUCAAUAUGGACUGGCACACCAUCUGGACCAUGAACAAGAAAGUCAUUGAUCUGAAAAGUGCGCGGUACACGGCAAUUGACGACAGCCACGUCGUAUGCAAAAUCAAAGGCCUCCCCCAGGAAGAACCCUACUCGGAGAUGAAACCCAAACACGCCAAAUACGAUCUUGGAGAGAAGAAGGUUUGGUACAGCUCUAACAUCAUCAUCGAGCAAGAGGACGCGCGGACAUUCGCCAAAGACGAAGAAAUUACACUUAUGAACUGGGGAAACGUCUACGUCCGUGACGUCCAGUAUGAGAAAACUGCCGAUAAACCAGACAUCACCGACGGGGUCAAUGCACUAGGCAACGUUGCUUCCCUCGAACUCGAACUCCACCUCGACGGCGACUUCAAAGCCACCAAAAAGAAGAUCACGUGGCUCUCCAAGGACCAGGACCUGUGCCCCGUCCAGCUGGAAGAUUUCGACCACUUGCUCUCCAAGGACAAACUCAACGAGGAGGAAGAAUCUCACUGGGAAGAUUUCCUGACCACCAAGUCCGAGUUCAGCUCUACAGCAUUGGCCGAUUGCAACGUGUGGGACGUCAAAGAGGAUGAUAUCAUUCAGUUUGACCGCAAGGGCUACUUUAGAUGUGACAAGGCUCCCACCAAAGAGUCGCGGGGCGUCUUUUUCAAGAUACCGACGGGGAAAGAAUAG